ACACUUUGCUCAGACUGAGGUGAAGACAACCGAGUCUUCAGAAGGUCUAGUAAGGGCUCUGGGGAAUUGUACAUUUCUGGAUUGUGAGACGAUGGAGCAGACUAGGGAGCGCUGGACUUGUUAAUUUGUUGACACUGACACAUUCUUCAGACAAUCAGGAACUACUGGAUUUAAAGAAACGUCUUCAGUAUAAAUUGUUAUCUUGGAAUAAACGGCCACAUCUGGAUUGGUUUCAAUCUCAGGGACUGUGCUCAGCAGAACUGAUAACCUAAUCAAUUCCUGGAGAAAUCUUGGCUGACCACUCUGUAACUAUGGAUGAGGAAAAAGACUGGAGUAAACUUGAACCAAACUAUCCCAUCAAAAUCUUCCUGACGGUUCUCUACAGCCUCAUGCUGGUGAGUGGGAUUGUGGGUAAUUCAAUCACUAUCAGAGUGACACAAGUGCUAAAGCGUAAUGGCUACCUGCAGAAGAAUGUGACCGACCAUAUGGUUAGCCUGGCAUGCUCCGACCUGCUGGUGCUGCUUAUCGGCAUGCCGGUGGAGCUGUACAGCGCCAUCUGGUUCCCCUUCACCUCCGCAUCAGGUAAUGCUUCCUGCAAGAUUUACAACUUCCUGUUUGAGGCUUGCAGUUAUGCCACAAUCCUCAAUGUAGCCACGCUGAGCUUCGAGCGCUAUGUUGCCAUCUGUCACCCUUUUCGAUUCAAAGCCUUGAUGGGAAAACGUACAGUGGCCCUCAUCACCUUUGCAUGGAUGGUGUCUGUGCUCGUUGCUCUGCCUCUGCUGAUUGCCACAGGAACAGAGGGACACAUACCCCUCCGACAAGCCACACCAGUCCAAAAUCUGACUUUCUGCACCAAUCUGAGGGAGCACUGGGUGAUGUACAGAGUCAGCCUCUUCGUGGCUUUCAUCGUCUACAUGAUUGUGCUAAUCUGUGUGGCCUUCAUGUGCCGCUCUAUGAUUUUAGUCCUGAAGAAACCUUUGGGAUCGAUAGAUAAUGGAAUCAAUGAAAGUCGAAAGCAUGAGAGUUCAACAGCAAAGACAGCAAGAAAGCAGACAAUAAUAUUUCUGGGUCUCAUUGUGGGAUCUUUGAUGGUGUGCUGGUUUCCUAACCAGAUUCGUCGUCUUAUGAUGGCUGCUAUGCCCAAGUCCGAGUGGACCCGUUCCUACUUCCGGAGCUACGUCAUCCUCCACCCUGUGGCGGACACCUUCUUCUACCUUAGCUCCGUCCUCAACCCUUUCCUCUACACUCUCUCCUCCAGACAGUUCAGGGAGGUGUUUGUCCAGGUGAUGCGGUGCAAUCUCACCAUCGAACACGUCAACAAGCGUACUCUGCAGAACUCCAGCGCUGCCUCGAAGCACUCCCUCCGGCCCUUACUGCUGAAGUCAUUGCGUCGCAACAGGGCAAGCCACCCCACCAUCGUACAAGAGAAUUCAACUUCAACUUCAAAUACUCAGUUGUCCAGCGGCAUUACAGAAGGGCACGAUUCAGUUAUUAAGUUACAGACAAAUGUACCAUCAGAGACUGAAAUAUAGUAUGCUGUUUAUUUUAAUGCAACACAGUUAUUAGUAAAAACAAAUAUGUUUAAACUGCUUUAUAAAUGGUGUUUUGUGUUGUGUCAUGACAAUUUAGAAACGUUACUUAUACACAGUGAACACAUUACAGCUUUCCAUUAUUUCAGACAGAUAAUCAUCUGAAAGGUUUUUACAAUACAAAGCUUGAUGGAGUGUGUCAUUUUAUUCAAGUCAUAAUUAUUAUGGUUAUUCCAGGGUUUAAAUGACAAGUUACAAAUGAACACCUACAGCUUCAGCUAAGGUUAAAGGUACACAGUGCAAUGUUUGACCACUGCUUUUGUCCGAUGUGGUGUUUGUAUCUUGUGAUCUGUCAGCAAGCUCCAAACAUAGUUUAGUUUCUAUAGUGUAGAAAAAUAAAUUCCCUUAUCCUACAGAAUAUGACUACUCAUACAAUUAUAACAGAAGCUGCUGUAAAAUUAUUCUAAAGAAACAUAGUGAAGAAGGCCCCUUGUUGUGCUUUGCAGCAUCACCAGCGCUGGAGGAAUAAUACGGUGGAGGUAAUGAUCCUCUUUAGCUUCUCUGGCAUCUUAAUUUGCAACAGAUGGCACUGAACAUGUUCUUACGAAGCUUACAUCGCUAGGGGCUCUUGUACAAUGAAAAAGGCAAAAAAAAAAAAAGGGCGCCAGUCUUACUUUGACCAUUA